CCCAGAUUUCCAGAUCUGGAGCCCCAAACGACGCUGCCCUGGGAUCCUUCUCACCGUCCAGCUACCUCCACAUCCUACUGCUGCAACAAUCAACCUGUACAGCAGAGAGAAGAUGAACCCAGAUUUCCUACACCUCGUACUGCUCGUGCUGUUCUUGCUUCGCGUGCUCAUGGCUCUAGAUCUAGCCAUGGAUGAGCCGCCGCGACGAUGUGCGCUCGUGGGUGGCGCAGCAGCGAGCCAACUCGACAGCAGACGGAGUGGCUCGGCCAAGGCCACCGGCAGAGUUAUCGGCGCUCGGGAAAAUCUGGAAAUCCGAGGUCCAAGGCCACCGGCGGAGCGCAGUGAACGGAGUAGAAAAAAAAUGGGAGUCAAGAAGCUGUCCGUCAUAUCUUCCCAUUGGCUAAAACAAGCAGAUGGGUCCUAUUAACCCAGUUAAAUACGCGUUGUGGACUUCGAAGAAGCUGCUUGUAAUGACAAUGUCAUCGUCCUGAGCUUGAGGUGGGAUCCUCUCAAACACUAGUUUGCCUUCUCAAACAAGGGUCGAGAAAAUUACUUGUCGUUUUGUGAUUAUAAAUUGACUUGCCUGGAAGUGUUUGCAGUCAGCACUCCCAGAGCAAAGCCAAGCCAAGAGUAACCUCUGUUUCCUCUCUUUGCACUCUCUUCCUCUUCUCAUCUCAACAGCCCCAUUGUCUACUCUUCUCCUCUUUUUUCCAUUGCGGAAGUGAAUGUGAGAUAGCAAGCAUAUAGCAUGGCAGAAUCGAUGGAGGCGUGGCCGGUGGGACUCAGAUUCAAACCGACGGAGGACGAGCUUGUUGGUCAUCACUUGACAAAGAAGCUCAGAGGAGAAAUGGAAACUAUUUGUGUAAUUCCCGAGCUACACAUCUACAACUGGGAGCCUCCGGAGUUAUUUGCACGAUACAAUGAAUUGUCGAGUAUACCAUCGGAUGGAAGCGAGUGUUUCUUCUUUUGUCCCCGUGGUCGUAAGCGGAAGACCCCGUGUGGAUUUUGGAAAGAGACAAGUACCAAACGUGUUAUAAAAGCACCGGACAGCGCUGAAGAGAUGGGGCUCAGGAGGAGCUUGGUUUACCACAAAGGUCGACAAAGACAUGCCCGUAGGACCAACUUGGGCAUGCACAUAUAUAACCUAAAUUCGAAUGUUUCGGAUAGUGAAAUAUUGGACCCGACGGCGUUGGUUCUCUGUCACAUAAUAAACAGGAAAAAAGAGAAAGCAAAGCCAGAAACACCGAGUACGUCAACCGAGUUAAGCGGCCCCAGCAAUCUGAAUGAUUCCCAAAUUGAAGAAACACAAGAUAUGAGUGAACAGACAUCUCCUGGAGUUACUGUUGAACUCCCACCAAACGAGAUGUCGAAUUUUAAUUUACCGGACCGGAAUUUGCCUACUCCUGAUCAGCAGCCUCAUACAACUGAAGAGCAACAUUUGUCUCAUGAUAAUCGUGAGCACGAUGACGACCCUGGCGAUGGACAUGGUUUCAUGCCAUAUUCUCCAAGCGACUGUAUCGAUCUCGUGGAUCUCUUUAACUUUGACGAGAGCACUGAUUAGUAUGCCAAACUAGAGUGAUAUUGCCAGUGUUUGAGGACUUCUGUAAAUGUUAAUCUCAGCCUUGCUUAUUGUAUCAGUGAUAAUGCAGUGUACGACUAUGCUUUUCCGAGGAUAGGAUACUAUAUCAGUCUUUUGCGCUUGUAUAGUAUUACUUUUGUAUCCUUAAAUUUGUAUAUUAAUCUCGAUUUUAUGUACUCAA